AUGGAAAACACUACCGCAACUUCAGGUUACCAGCAACACCUUUCUCGACCACAAAAAAAGCAUUCUGAUGAGGUGGAUGGGUCGCAGCACUUCCAAGACGGUGCUGCCCACGCAGCGCUGGUCGAGUCUGCAUCCAGCGGUUCGAAAAUAUACGAACGCGGCGCCGAGUCCCUUAAUUUCACCGUGCCGACGACUGAUUCAGCUGUUCCGCAAAGUCUAGAUCUCCAACAGGACGAACAGCGACAGCGCAGGUAUUCAGGGAUCAAGGAAUUGCCUGCUUGCAGUCAGAAGUCCUCUAGCUGUACGUCGUCCGCCGCUUGUGUUGUUCAGGCUAAUAGGGCUACCUGUCGACAGGCUCUCACGACGGCUUCCGGCAGCAUCAAUACAGGCUUAGCCAGCGGCGCUUUAAACAGCGCUGUAAAAUCCCCCGUCUCGUCCCUCGUGAAACAACGCCUCAAGGACUGCGUUUUAAAUAAACGACGAAGCAGGGAGGGUGCAGCGUCAGCGGGGGUCUCAUUUAUUUCGCCCUCCUCACUGGAUGCCGAGGAGUCACCAGCAGAACAGGGUGGAGCUACUGUUGGAAGUCACUGCAGCCUACGCCGGCAUCAGAAAUCUACCCUCGGUGGAAGCGAUUCCUUUGACAGUGCAUACGCGACAUCAGCACACACGACUCAGCCCUCCAGUGCGGCAUCUCUGUCGUUUUGCGGUCAAAACCAACGACAGUCCCUGUUUGUCAGAAACUCACAUCACCUCUCGGAAGGUCUGGGCACUAGUGCGACGUCGGCUGGCUUGCCCUGGAUGCUGACAAAUUUCUGCGCCUCUCAGGCUGCCAGUGUCGGUCAUGCUGGAUUUUUUUAUCCAGUAAUUGGUGGCGGGGGGGCUGCAGAGCUGUCCUCCUCACGACAGAGUUCUGGCCUACGGAAGACUAUGUCCGAACCGAGUUUGAAGAUUCGGAGCACUGCGCUGGGAUCGAAGCAUCGGUCAGGUCGCAGUGAGCGACGCAACUUAAACCCCCUGGCCGCUGUUGCUGCCGCAGUUGCUGGGUCCGCAUGGACCAAUACGAACACGACCCCUGUCGCUACCCUGGCUGUUACCACAACUCCGACGACGGCGGCGGUGCAAUUACAAUGUGCACACAGCAUCAGUGAGGUGGCUGAGGCCGGAGAGGCUCUGGGCAGUCAUGGCGCAACCAGUAUUUCCAAUCAGGCGUCCGUGGCAAUCACCCCAAUGACCCAACCGAUGGCUGCAAAGGCGGCUCCGUACGGGCUGUUGGAGAAAGGUAUGGGAGAGCAGAAAGACGGCCGUCAAGAAACAGAGGUAGGGCAGGAAGUAACCGACGUGCCCAUGGAGGUUGCCAGUGACAAUGAAUCGACCGUAGAAUCACCACAAUUAGCAUCGACCGCGACACUGAACAAUAAAGUUGCCUCAGACGUCGAGAUGAACCUGAGUACCCCUUCAAUGUCCGAAGAGUUGGGCUCGACGACAAAAGUGGCCUUCGGGGGACAGGAAAUGCAGCAACUGAUCUCUUCGCUGGUGGGCAAUUCGAGUUCUAUGCGUGGUGACGUGCGCAUGGUCUCGCAGGACUAUUUGCGAGCAGUACAUGACCUGAUAAAACAGGAAAGAGAAUCUAACCCAGCCAAGAUGGAGGCAAAAUCUUCAACAGUAAACGAGAUGGAUACACCAGAAGAGAAGAAUUCCGCCCCCAAACCCAGUUUGUCGGAGGGCAUCUCGGGGAAGGCUACAAGAGGUCGACAGGCCAACUGUCAGCAAGGACCACAACGACGAUAUCGGCAGGUGUCAGGGCUUCUCAGCCGAACUCGGUCUGCACCUAUACGAUUGACGGGCAAUGCUGCCCGUAGUUUGUUUGGCUAUUCAACCAGCUUUGAGAGCAACGCUAGUUCGGGUGGUCUCCUUUCCGCGGCUUCUAUUGUUGCCAUGGAGGCCGCGGCGGCCGUCAACUCUACCAGUUCAGGCUGCACAGCGGCAUCAACAUCUGGCAUGGCAGGCCACAAUAGGCAUUGUUCAGUGUCGACUGCUCCCAGGAUGUCUGGCCCGGAGGAAGAACAGCGUAUAAAAGUCAUGCAACAGUUGAGAAGAAAACUACUGGAAAAGUGAGUUUUAUGUCUCUGCGUUGUAUGUGUAGGGUUAAAACAGCGUUUUUUAAUGACUACCUAAAAUGUACGUCAGGUACAUAUGGUGGAGGGACUAUUUGUAGGUGAACAUAGAUCACACAAUGAUGUCAAUAUUUAUAACUAGCUGCAGGGAACUACCUCAUGCAAAACAUCCGGAAGUUUGACUCUGUUUAUUAGAGAAGAUGAUAGGAAAAAUACUCAUCCUAUAUUAUAUAUUUGUCUGGACAGAUUUCCGAUGUUGUGAGAGUAUGUGGUGAUCUCAUAUCAGGAAGAAACACCUGGAUCCAUAGCAUGUCCUAUUCUUGCCCUGACAUGUCCACUAAUAUGCAGUACCAUAAAAGCUAUUAGUCCUUUUCUACAGCCUCUUUUGCUAUCACUCAUUCUUCUUAUGUCUUCGCAUCCUUUUCCUAUAUAGAUAGUACAAAAUUUUUGAUUAUUGUGCCACAUAGUUGGCUUUGAGCUUUUCGGGUGUCCUCGCGCAAUUAAACAAAUUGUUGCUUUAAUUAUUCAGGUUCACAGUACUGAAUUUGCAAAUUUCUUAUACCAUGGCAAAACCUCGAUGCAGUUAUCGGUUUACAGCACUCAUUAGUAGAUGGACAAUCAUUGCAACUUACGGCGUUAGCUGUAGGGAAUGUGGACGGUAAAUUUCUCAUAGUAAGCAAACACAGUUUAGAAGAGCAUCUGAUCUGUCGUCCUGUACCAGCCUAAGAUCAACAAUAUUGCUUAGCCUUAUUCAGUUGGAAGAGGUUUGUCCGUUCGACCUCGGUUUUUCCCUCCUGCUUCAUCCUUGUUCUCGGUAAAGUCCGACAUGAGCGUAAGCAUAGUUUUCAAUGAUAUAAGAUGUCUUUGCUGAAAAAAAUAUCUCUUCGAAUGGGAAGUCAGAAUAGAGAGAGAGAGAGUCGAAUGUGGGGAGAACCAAACCCGUGUGUUAUAAUGUACUUUUCAAUGAUGGUGUGUUCUAAAGUGUCAUUUUCAUGAAUCCGCAAAGGAAGUCAGAUUUCUAUAGUCUUUCUGGCCAGAUAAUACUGUCAUGUCAAGCAAGCGGGUUCUGGGCGGAGAGCAUACCCCGGGUACGCCUUUACCACAACAAAUAAAUCUCCAUAUGCACAAACAUAUUCAUAGGCAUUCUUAUGCUCUUAUUCUAGUGUCCCUGAUUUCAGCAUCCAACUGACCAGGCGAUGAAGCUAUCAAAGUAAAAUUUCUAAUUUCCUGGUAUUUAUCCAAAGCUGGAGGAAUGAAUUAGUUGUUCUGGUUUAUUAUUUAUUCGUUGGAGUUGACGACCGUCGGCUUACAGCGCGACUUUAAUCUGUAAUUCAGUACGUUCUAUACUGCUAAUACAUUUUUUAAAAAGACAGGACGAAUCGUCCACCCUACUGGUUGAAACUUUAUUCUUUAAAACUCUAUUACGUGUACUGAAUAUUUUUUAUAUGAAUGCUAACAGUCGUCUCUCGAAUUAUCUCGAAGUUUGACUUUUGAAGGUAAGUUCUGGAACUUUACCGGUUGGAUUUUGCGUCCAAAAGUAUAAGUCGCCGUAAUGAACGCUAAAAGUCGGCAAGGUAAAAUGGCAAGUUCCUUUCACCUAAAAUCUGAAUCGAUAAAUAGAAUGUCCAAAUUUGUCUAACUGUUAUUGCAAUGAAUCACAUGAGACCUAUGCAGAAUAAUUUCCCAGUUAAGUUUUGACACAGCAAAAGCACUCAUAAAAUGCUGUGAUUUUGGUGUAUUAAGGUAUGUUUUAGGAUAUUUUUGUUUCUUCGCAAUUACGAAAAAAUCAGUUGCUGUCUAGGAAGAAACUGACGUGGCCAGAAAUAAGCGAUCUAUUCUACUAGCAGAAUGACGAUCUUUAAAAGCUUGUUACACGACCCGAAUUAUUGCUUUUAUGAAUACUCGAACAGAGUCUGGUCAGUAACUUCUCUUACAAAUGAAGUCUAGAUAUACAGUUUUUUUGAUCGAAUAUUAGUCACCUCGAUGUUCAUGCGCAUACCCAAUCAUGAAAUAAGCAGAUUUACUGGAGGCAUGGAAGCAUAGAAAGGAACACCAGGGAAGCCGAGUCAUCAAUGCGUGAAGGCGAAAUUUCGAGUUCCAGGUGCAUGCAUAAGUGAAGAUGAAGGCUCGAGCACCGGAACACUUCGUUUAUUGUCCUGAGCUUUCAGACUCGUGCAGGUGUCCAUCGUCAGAGGUAGUAGCAACAUCAGGGGCCUGAGUUGUCAACUCUAAUCUAGCGCCGUCGAUCGAUGAUUAACCAACAUACCCUGUUACUGUCGCUCGUUCUGUAGCUUCUACUACCUCUGACGAUGGACUCCUGCACGAGUCUGAAAGCUCCGGACAAUAAAAGAAGUGCUCUGGUGCUCGACCCUUCUGGUUGGUCGUGUGUCCAACCACGGUUCACGGUCAAGGGACGGCAACCCUUGUCCAGGGAACAAAAAUCAGGUCAUCGUGUAAUAUGAGUUUUGUGGGUGGGAUAAAAAGGUGGAAAGAAGAGUGCGAUAACAGGUGAACAUUCGGAUAAAUGUUGAGGUGGCAUAUUGCGUCCUCGCGCUCGGUUUCUCUACAGCUACUUGCAAAAGAGCGCACCUACCAGGAACCUGAUCCCGAGGAAUGAUAAGGGUAUCAUGAUAGCUGACAAUGCAAACGAAAGUUGAGCAACUUCCGCAGUUCUUCCAUUUUGCUUUCUCGAGAGAAGAAGAUUGUGUCCCUUAAGAGCGCGAAAGCGCCAAUUGUAAAAAAAGGCGGGGGCGCAAAAUGUCACGAUGUCUAGGUUCUCUUUUCAUGAGUGGGGUAGCAUAGUACGUCCCUGCCCAAGGGACAAAUAUGUUACUUAGUUUGACUGUUUUUUUAGCUCUGUUCGCUAAUCCUUUUUGAAAAUAUUUUAUUUCCCAUGUUUACGUCUACGUGCUUAUUCUGUCUGGGAAGUUUUGACAAGUCGCCCCCUAACUUCCUUUUUAGGAAUGAACAUCGCGUAAAGAUAAAUGCCCUUUAUGGUUCCUAAGUGCUUUUGCACUCCUAGGUUUUCUACAGCAAAUAGAGCGCUUCCUGUAAGAAAGGAUUUCGAAAUGUCAUAAAUUCGAUAUUUUAACGAUUGCUUUCAUAAAGGAGCAGUUAGGGUGAUAGAAAAAGGCACCUUCUUUAGAUGCGGUGAGGUGUGGGGAGUUGUCAGUUACAUUUUCUUAAUUUGAAAUUUGUAGCCGGAUCUAUAGCUGGAAGUAGAGUUUCGGUUGGAUGCUGCCCAUUACUUUUUCAGGAACCCAUUACCGGUCGCUGCAAAACCCGAUAGCAAACAAACGGCAUCCGUAAACAGAUAAACAGUUACUCGCAUGUUCCUUUGUUAAUAACUUGUCACUAAAUGAUGGCCUGAUCAUAGAAGGACGGCAUUUAGCAGGGCUAUUCUUUUGGUUAAGACUCUGACUUUUUACGUAUAAAUCCAUUCACUUUUGCCCACUGUCUUAUCCACAUUUUUCGCAUGAAUUUGAAAUCUUAGUUCGCCUGCAAGGUGGAGGCAUCGAUUUUAGAUAGAAAAACAGAAGCUGGCAUGCAUAAUGAAUUAAUUUAUUAAAAUAUAACUGGAAUUGCAUUGGCUAUUUAUCUGUGGAAAAAAAGCACACGAAAUGAAUAUAAAAAUUAACAGGCAUGUGGACGUUAUGUCAGGCUCAGGGACUGCGCGACUAAUAAGUAAAAUGAUUCAUAUAUAAACAGUUGUAAAACGACAAGUUACAAAUUUUAGGUCCACAUCAGCGGAUUUUGACGAGUUAGUCAGUUCGAUUAGGUCGUAUGCGAAGAGACAGCGUUUAAAAAAUAUAUCGAUAAUGCGAUUGACAUAUGUUGCUUUUAUGCUUAUGCACAGAAACGAAACACCGUGUGCCGUGCAGUUAAGUAAAUUUAUAUAGAAACAUUUUUGAAAUAUGUAAGGGAAUGAACUUUAAAAGAUGUAAAAUUCAUAAAAGGUGAACCAGACUGGAAGAACAAACUAAAGGAAUUCUUACAGACACUCCUGAUUUUGAUCGCAUUUAGAGCAGCCCGAUGGGCGUAAUAGCAGUCUUGUGGCUUCAGAAAGCACAGGUUUUUUAUGACCAUCCGUUUACAGAUCUUCUGUCCUAUUCAGAAAAAUAGUUUAUAAAUUAAUAGUUCAUUUUCCUGUCGCGUGAUAUAGAAAAAUGAUCACGAAUAAAGAAUUAUACAGUUAUAUUUCUCUGCCUUCGUCCGUCAGUGACAACAGGCCAGUAAGAGUUUGUCCGUUGUAGACAGUGUAACGGUCUGAAUAGGAUAGGCUGUAAAUUACUUUUCGCUGUCGAUCGCCCUGAAGAGAAUCUUACACACUUGUCAGUCAACUCGGGGUACUAUCACAGACUCAAAAGUUUGUCAUCGCGCCAGCCGAGUUGAGCAUUUUAUCCUGACUCGUCUCUAGUAGUUUUGCCGACUACAUGGGCAUCUCUACGGGCUACCUGACCUUCUUUCCUGUUUUUGCAUUUCUUGGUCCAUUUAGGAUGUGUUUAUGCGGACAGCACCCGUCGUCUAAGUGUUUUCCGAGUCCACUCAUGUGACUAUCACAGCAAUAAAUAUGCAUGUUUUCCUUCCUCAUAGCAAACUUCCUGAUCCACACAGAGGAAUGUUGCAUUUCGGCACAUGUCGUAAAGGUUUAGUGCUUUCGCAUGCCGUCAGCCGCAGCUGCCGUGCCAGUAAUCCACUGAUCAAGUCUCGACAGCGCAGCCGGAAGAAACGCGCGUGGGCAAACGUAAGCACGCACGCACGCACGCACUCUAACCGAUGCCCGAAGAACUUACACCGCGAUGCGCAAUCACAUACGCACCUGCGCGUAGCGGCCGAUCACCCACAACACGUGCGUACGCACACGCAGUGGCCUCGUGGCUAAGAACGGGGGAAAUUAGACUCAGAUUGGCAAACUUGAGAGAUCAAGGGAUGACGAUUUGAAGAAGAAGAAGAAGAAGAAGAAGAAGAAGAAGAAGAAGAAGAAGAAGAAGGGCUCACCGGAACGGGCUUAUUUAGCUGCUGACGUUUCGAAGAGCUUGGUCGGCUCUCCAUUGUCAAAGCGUAAAAUGCACUUAAUCGACCAGAAAUCCCAAGUGGCAUGUCACGUUGGUCGGCCUCGCGCUAAUUGAUUUUUUUCUUCUCUCGGUGCCUCGGCCUCUCGGGGGGGAGGGGGAUGGUUGACGGGCUUUCUGCUGCGUGCUCUGUGAGUCAAUACUCCGUCGUGGGGGGGGGGGUGAUUGAACCCUUGUCGGGUGGUCGAUCUGGCAGUUCUUGUUCUUCCUCACCGAGCAAACUCGCCGUCGGGCUGUCUCCGCAUGGCCUUCUUAAGUCCAAUUAGGUUGUUUGGUCCUGAGCUCUAUGAUUGCUGUGACGAGGGGCUUUGUAAGCUGCAGGAAGGUCCACAUGCCUGUUGAUGGAGUGGGCAUUGGAGAACCACGCCUCGAGAGUUAGCCGUUCUGCGUUUAUGUUGCCCUGGUCAAACAUGGUGGCACUCUGGAGAUCGAAAGUAUGCCCAGUUUCUACAACGUGUGUUGCUAGAUGAGAGUUAGAGUCUAACCUCCAAUGACCGAUUUGUGCUUUUGUGGGCGCGUCUACAAUUUCCGCCCGGUUUCUCUCAUAUAAUUGUAGUCGUCCUCUUUGCAAUUUAUUUUGUAGAGGACUGCCGAGAUCUCAGCGGGUGACAAUGGGUCCAUAGGUUGCAUCAGACGGCGUCGAAUUUUUGCCUGGGGUCGAUGGACUAUGCCUCCUCUGGCAGCUAGUAACAGCCGAGAGACCGCCUCAGAGACCCCUUUAACGUAGGGAAUGGCCCUCCAGACUUCGGGUUGCUGCUCAUUUAGCCACCGCCUGUGCGCCCGGCGUCUGCUUCUCUCGAUCAAAUGUCUGGGAUAACCAUUUUCUGCUAAGAGGUUCUGUAGAUAAGCACUUUAAGCGCGAAUAGAGUAAUGACUCAAGCCUUCUGUUUCUUUGAGGACGCGUUUGCAUCACUGCAGGCGGAAGGGUUUCCUGCACCGAAAUUCUGGCCGUAUGCUCUACUGGACAAAAUCGUUAAAUUGUUAUAAGACAGCCUAUAUUCGUGUUUCUCUUGUUAGCCGAUUUUUUCCUGCCGGUACCCUGACUGGCAAGGCUGUCGAAAUCAAGGAAAUCGAUUGCUGUCACAGUGAAUGCACCUGCCAGUUCAAACGAUAAUGUCCACCGUGUGUCCGGAGUAUGGCGGACGCAGAGGCGGUGACUUGUGCGUGAAUUUGCGGACUUGUGCUGUAUCUGUCACACCCACCUGAGCCAGGUGUCGAGAUAGAGUCAAGAAGACUGUAUGUACGAUCAAGCGAAGUGACUAACAGGGCAAGACAGCCGUGUGCACUUGACACACGCACCUAGUUCGCCCACGAUGAGCCCGCAUAUCACAGAAACAAGAAGUGAUCUCGGAUUCCAGCUAAGUGCCAUAGAGGCCGCAUUAAGAAGAAGCCGUUACAGUCCAACUCCCCCUCCUGAAAUGAAGAUCGAGUUAUCCCGUCAGUCAGCAGCCCUCUAAGUCAGUAUCACCAUAUAGUGGCACAAUUGGGAGAUCCGAGCUGCUAGUUGGUCACGGGAACUUUGAUUUCUAUUUCACGAAAAUUUCUGGACUAGGCAGUACAGGAAUCAUACUGUCCUACUCGUUAAUUUGGUUCUCAUACACAGAUUCCGUUAUCAGGUCUAUCAAUCUCCAUCAGGCCCGCCGAGUCUGCACGAAUAACGGGAUAGGUGACUUGAGCGCCGAGAGAUUCGGCCAGCAGAAUCAUCACAGUAGCCUUCUACAAAUUGGCCUCUAGAGGUGCGGUAGUAAAUGCCAAGGAAAUUUGAUUAACACCUGCACAGUUGCAUCCAUCAGACUCUGUCCCAAGGAUCAGAUCGCAGUCGGAUUCUCACUGCGGGAGUUAAGCACAGCUGAAGCGUAGACAAAGAAGAUGAGAAUUUGGUCGCCCCAGGAAACAAUGCCCACCGUGUGCCCUUAGGCGUGGUGGGCGCAGGACAGUGAUUUGCGCGUUAAUUAGUUCACAACUGAGGCAGACUUGCACAACGUCUACCGCGAGUAGUGACUCGAAUAAAAAAAUUUGCAUGUUCCGCAGAAAAACGAACUCCAGUUAUUCCAUAGGACCCAAACGAGUCCAUAUGACUUGAUUUCUGGAACUUAACUGUAGACAAAGAGACAUUAAAUGCCGGACAAAAAUAGAACAGUUAGCGUGCCUCGCUGACCUCAUCAAGCCUCAUCCCGGGACCCUCCGCUUCACGUUUGCUUAAAGUCGCUUAUGUUCACACUCGUGAGGGAGGGUCAAAAUAUCUCUGGUUAAAAUUUGUAUGGACUGGAAUAUAACUACCUCGGCCCCUGAUGUCAACCGGCAACCGCAAAUUCACUCCAGCUGCAUUCUGAAUGCUGUUUAUAAUGCCUACAAAGACGGUACCAACGGAAACAACAGGCGAUAAUAUCAUUACAAUAAAGUACGCACUUCCAAAAGUACGUUUUCUACCAAAGCCCUAGGAAUACCCACGCGUCUCUGUGAUUGGAUAUAGGCCUUUCAAGGGUAAUGGGCCAGGCAAAGUGCAGGCCUGCGUCUCAUCCUACUGGUCUUUAAGGAUUGUUUGCAUCUGCUAUGCCAUUAUUCAGCAAACCAUGGUCCUCGCAGCCGGGAGUGCGCCAGCAGUUCUCUGGCACCUGAUUCCUUGUCGACAGAUACGCUUGCACUCCCGCUGGGUAUACAGGUCAUGGGCAUGCUAACCCAGUGACUUGUGUCAUACUUCUCUUUUGGACCCGUUUUUGUUAUUGUUUAAAAUCAUGGUCAAGUGGUUGUUGGGGACAAGGGGAUGUGUUGGUACGCCUAGGUGCGGGUGCGGUCGCGCCAGCCACCUGUGCACUCUCCCACCUUCGGCAUUAUUGACUAUGUGUUGACACCGACCCAUAUGGGGUAAGGGGAGGGAGUGCGGUAGACACUGCACAAGUCCACUAUCAUUAGAAAGUAAUUCGCGUGCAAGUCCCCGUUCCUGCUUCAUCUUGCCGUGGAACACACGACGGACAUCGUCGGCAAGGAUGGUCGAACCGUCUUGAGUUGACAUUGUACCACAUCAAUAGUAGCAAGUCACCAUUAUUUUGUCGUAUAAAGUUACCAUAUUUCCGUCUUCUUAGGACUUUAUGGCGUACGUCGCGAAGGAAAAAUACAAUAAUUAGUGAAAAUACUUUCAAAUGCAUCGAUUUCAGGCUGGAUAUUUAAACACUAAUAUGGCGAAAACGUCGCUCGAAGUCAACAACCAAAUGCGGAUGUCCACCCAACGAAAGUAGGUAGCAAUAAUAAUUUGGCAUUGAAUUUCAGGUGGGAGAGAGUUAUAAUUUAACCUUGUCUAAAGUUCUAACGGAACCCAAAUAAAAAUAGCUUUCAUCUUCAACUCCUUUCCCACAGACAGACACACGCUAGUAGAAGCAGAAAAUGCAUGCCAUAUGCCAAUAGGAGUGAAUUUUAACGUCUGACUUUUUAAGCAGCACCAUCAGCCCCAUCUCCCUCGCGGUUGGCGGCUGCUAUUCCCCAAACAGUAAGUCUGAGAGAUAGUGCGUUGCACUUUCUGCAAAUACCCGUGUGGAAUGUUGUCGCCAAAAGCCAGCACUGAGAACUUAGGAACAUUGAUCAUAUUCAAAACGGAAAAUCAUGAAAGCCGUAUUUGUCCUAGAUUCGAAGGAAUCGUCUAUUUCUGUUCCCAAGCUUUAUGUCGGCUGGCGUGAAUUCUCAGCUAAAGAUAACUUGCGUGCAAAACAAAGUCUUUUUUUUAGAACAGACACUAAGCGGUCGUGCCUAGCUAGGGAAAAUGUCCCUCCUGAAUCCUUUGCUGGUGUCAACAUAUUUUUAAAGCUCUUUCACUUUCUGGCUAUUUUUAACACGCUAUGCAGUCAUCCUUCUGGGCCCUGCACAAACUAUCCGGGAAGGGGCUGGUGUCUGCUGCGGCUGUUUACCAACCGAUGCCGAAAGUUAAGAUUAGAUUAUCCUAAGGGCGUUGCAGAACGUGGGGAAACAAAGGGAACUCUUGCCACAUUUUUGAUGUGAUCUCCGACGGACUAUACUACUUAGACGAGGUUGCAAAACUGAUUAGCAGUAAACACAACUCUGCGUCAAUUUCUACACAACAGGAGGCUACCCAUUUAGUGGAUAUCUGUUUAACCACCCAGGUUGAUUCUACUUUAAAAAUCUUCAUGAGUCAUGUGGUGUGUAAUUUUCUAUUGCGUUCAUUGUGUCUACGUACAUUGACGAGAAAAUUAUAGCAAUAUUAUAAAAUGCGUACUUUUGUACUCAUAGGCAAUUCAGUUCGUUUUACAUGUUUCUCUAAAGCAAGGGUAUAUUGUGUUCUGAGCAUUUGCCACUAUAAACACUUCUCGAAUGUUUAUAAGACCGUUGGUCUCGUUUACUAAUUUCAGGAACAUUCGUGCAGUUCAAAACGUAUGCAACGCGAUGUAUAUUUUAUGUAAUAGUUUGGGUUUUCGAGGUCUUCCGCAGUGAGGGGCACUCUAGUGUAUGUAAUUGUGCUUAAAAAUGCAUGAUCUGUAGUUCGAAAAUGCUAGAACGAAAAAGCCCACAAUAUGUAUUAAAAAGGAUAUAAACCCGUCCUUCAAAAUGGAAGGACGAGUAUGAAGUUUCCCAUAAACCAAGCAUAUGAAACGAAUGUUAUAUGUAGCCUUUCUGGUCAGUGGGAAUUAAUAUAUACAAAAGUCCAAAAUGACCAGAAAAAUUCCCUGCAGCUGCAGUUAGUGGCCAAUCUCAUAAAAGGGUAACUAGAAUUCUCUAAUUCGUUUGUGGCUAAGAAGGAUAAGUUAAGAGGGGUUGUGGAAUGAAUUAUCGUGCUGCAUAAUAGUAAGAUAUUGCCGUCACGCUGAGAUGUGAGCUUUCGAAUACCUUUUCUUCAGCCGCUUACGAAGACCGCGCUCGGGCCUCGUAGCUCAGGCGGCUGGAACAAUGGCGGUAUUGAGGCUCCUCCCUGUUGUCAUGGGUUCGAAUUCAACCGAGGCGCCGAGUUUUCACAGUUGACUCAAAAAAGGAAUUAUUCGAAAUCUGCUAGAGCAUCUAUUAAUGCGUAAUAUUUCACUUAAUGUGCACAUGAAAGGAUAUUUUUGGGACUGUUUUCCUUGAGCUAUUUUGAUUCAUAAGGCCUCGACAAUAAAUGGCAAAACAUUUUUAUUUGUUUUGCAGAGUGCUAUUUUUGCAGGCAGUUGUAAGAAAGCGCAUUCGAAGGCCGGAAUCUUGAUGUGACUGCAAUAUUUUAUGACUAUGUUGUACACUAAUCCAUUUUCAACCCUACUUGAAUGACCUUUCCUGAUCAAAAACGUACCUGAGGAUUUUGGCUAAAAUUUCAUGAUAUCGGUCACUGGCCUUAGAUAGUCAACCAAAAGACAACAUACUGGAUUAUACGGAGUUCCUUGGGGUCUUAUUUACUACCGCACUUUAUUAAAACUUAUUCUAAAUCGUUAGUGAUUGCCGAAGAUGCGUUUUUGAAAAUGACUCAAUGUUUCAUGGGCUUCGUGUCCACUGUAAAUAAAUAUUUGUCUCGGGUAUAAUGUACACCGAUGGCCAGUUUUUCUCAGUGAAAGGCCGGCAUGAUGAUAUAAGCUCCCCUAAAGCAAUGCUACUUUGUCUAACAUUUACACCGGCAAUUAAAAGGUGCUCCCAUGGGUUCACCAAUAUCCGGUUUCCUGGCUGAAGCAUUACUGCAGAACGUAGAGAGCAUAACCAAAAACUUUGGCUGCGAUACGUAGAUGACACUUUUGUCAUCGUCAAGAAAGAUCAGUUUAAUCUGCUCCAUACCAAUUUUAACUCCAUAUUUCCAGGAGUUACAUUUACUUUCGAAACAGAGGUCGAUGGAUAACUCCCAUGCCUGGAUGUCCUUGUGCGUUGAAAACAGAUGGAUCACUUCAGACAUCAGUUUAUCGCAAAGAGGCGUAUUCAGAGGUCAUCCUACACUUUGAGAGUAACUACCCUGUCUCUCACAAACGGAGCACAGACUACGGACUUCUGAAUCGAGCCAAAACCCACUGCUCUGAUGAAACGAGUUAUCGAGCAGAAAUGAAAUACCUCUACAAACUGUUCUCCCAAAAUGGGUACCCGCAUGACUUUAUACGUCAAUGCAUGAGGCACCGGCAACUCAGGGAAAAAGGUAUUUCCACUGUUACGGCCGCUCAGGCACCAAAACCAACCACAUGGCGAAGUCUCCCAUACGUCAAAAAUGUAUUUGAACUAGUCGAAAGACAAUUGAAAAAGUACCAGGUACACGUAGCACACCAGCCGGCAACCACCUUACGCACACAGCUUGUACACCCUAAGGACAGGGUUGGCUACCUCGAAAGAAAAGGCGUUGUCUACAAAAUCCCAUGUUAUAGUUGUGAUGACAUUUAUUGUGGCCAAACUGGGAAAUCUGUCUCAACCCGUAUACAUGAGCAUCAGUUAGCGGUGAAGAGACGCGGCCAUCUAUCCCAGGUGGCCAUGCACACACUGGACACUGGGCAUAAAUUAGCAUGGGAAAACACUCGCAUUGUUGGCGCCUGCCCAACAAGGAAAGGCCGCGAAUUCCUGGAGGCAAUACACUCAGAUGAGGCAUGCAUCAACCGGCAUAUCUAUUUAGUUGGCACAUACAAAAUCGUUAAGGACAGAUUCAAACUGACUCAACCAAUACGGAGAUGAUGACCUUAACUAAUCAUAGAAUCCUUUUGCCUGACUGUCUAGAAGUUACUUGUUUUUGCUCACUCGUUGUCUGAAGACGAGCUGGGGAAACAGUCUCGAAAAUUCACAAUAAAAUUUUGCUGUUUCCCAAAGAACUUCGUUUUUCUACAUAUAUUUCUUGGGUUGCCUGUUUUUCAAUGUAUACAUUUGAAUAAAUAGACAUUUAAUAACUGAAAUGAUAUCGUUUUGGAAUUGACUUAAAUUACUGUCCACCGCCAAUCAAUCUGGCCCUAGUAGUAUUUUCCCCUUGAAAUCGUAUCAAUAGUUUGGUUCGACGUGCCGUAGGUCUUACGGUCUGCCUUAUCCGGGUUUCUCAGAAAUUUCGAUUCAUUUGAGGAUGUACUGGUAGUGACAAACUAACAUAGGUGUUGUAGCUGACCCAUCUUCUGGCGAUAUAUCUAGUGAUAUCUGUUAUUGCCAAACCAGCAACCGUUAUAAAAGGGGACCUUAACAAGCGUUGAAUGUAAUUUUAAUGCGGAUUAACUGGAAUGAAAUACGUCUUAAUUAGGGAAUUAUGAACAGUGCAUAAUAUGUCACCCAAAAUUUGCCUUCUUAACCGCACCGCUGCAUAGUCUUUAGAUGUCUUCAUAAACAGUUUGUGAAAUAAAAGACUCAGGUCAGUAUUUGUUUUUAAUGCGAAUAAUUACUUUCGAAACAUGUGUUAUUGUAUGAAGCCAAAUGUUGCCUGAGAACCUGCUUAGAAAAAAGGUGAUUCGUGAGAGCAAAUCCUGUCGUCUUAUACACGUAGCGAAGGUGUGGUGUCCAGAACGUAUGGCAAGCCGAAAGCAACGCAGAUCUUUUACGUAUUCCUUUUUUUCCGGGAGGAAUCUAGAUGGUACCAAAUUUUCGAACAGAGUUGAAGUGGCAACGGUACGAUGAGGGAUCCCAAUUAGCUGCCAAUAGACUGCCGAUCGUGUCAUAGGGCAAUGGUGGUAAUGGGGGGGUUACGGGGGGAGCACGCCGGAGCACGUCGAAAAAUCCCCGGCAGAAAUCUCUGUUAUCUCUAAAUUCGUGCUCAGUUGGUCUCUGUUUUUUGUUUCUCCGCUGCCAGUCAUCAGCACUUAAUUAGAUUUCGCAAACACACACAGCACACGAUCCACAGUCUGUGGACAGCUUAUUGGGGUCCUUCGUCCUACCGUUGUCGUUGAAUUCAGCAUCAUUAAAUUUUACUAACUCGCAGUCAACUGUCAAUGGUUACUGCCAAUUGUUAAAAAUGGAGAAAGAAUAUUUGGCGGUCAUAUGGGAUGUGUGAUGGCAGCAUGAUCACCAGUCAGUUGACUGGGUCUUGUGGUUUAGCAUGGUGUCAGCACUGGGUGGGGGUACCUAAUCAGCACCAGUUAACCACCAGGAUAGUGUCAGGUUGAUUACCUAUUCCAGUUAAUUGCAUUAUUUUAACUCUACUCACCAUAUUUCGUUGCCUCGGAAUGUAAUGUUAGACUUUUAUUACAAACUUUCGACUGCUAAUGACUUCAGGGUGCUGUUAAUUCUGCGUCAAAGUACUUCUUGGUCGCCUAUUUUUUCUGCCUAGCAAGUGCGCAGUCGAAGGAAUUAAAGGUUUUCCGUGCGUGCGCCCAACGUAUUGAGAAUUAAAUGUACCUUAGAGCCUCCAAAUGAGAAGGCUGCACAAGAUUCGCCGGCUAUAAGCUAGUUAGUGGAGUAAAACAUGCGCCAUGAAAAAAACUCUUUUCGACAGUGGGAGGAUGGGAGAUAAGAUCGGAAUGUCCGGUAGUCUUAGGAUUAAAUUCUCUACGGAUGUUUAUUGCCUGUGGCCAAGUGUCGGUUUUGUUCAAUGACUUCUGGUUGCUUCAUUGACUGCAUACACAAAUGAAAAUGUCAGAUGCGCAAUCAGUCGAUGUCUCUCUUGAGACAUUCCGUCCGGUUAGCCGCAGACAAGGACGGCUCUUUGGAAUGGAAUGGGAAGCUGACAUCUAAUGUUGGCAUUUUCCCGUCGCAAAGGCCGGCCUGAGGGGCAGAAUUAUUAUUUUCGAAGGGUAUUCUCGUGUUCAGGAAAUCCUCCAGAAGUCUAAUGUAAAUCCUGAAUUCCCCAAUGCUACCGGGUGCCCCUGCCUCAGCUCUUGUUUUUAGAUAUGAAAUCUUUGAAUUAUCUCCCCCUAUUUCAAAUUGUGCAAAACGUAGAUCAAAGUAACUGCUGGCGAGACUGCGCAUUAACCAUGACAUUUAACACUUACAUGACGGCUUCUGGUAGUGCAUGAGCGUCAAAACAUAACUCUGGACCAAAUUUUAUCAACCUCCGAUGACAUGCAAGCACACAGUAUUCAUUAACUUAAUGGAAUUAAACCUAGAACUGCAUCAGCUGAAUCGAAACAGCGAGGGUAAGCAGUGAACAAAAUUUGUCCAUCACUUCCAUCCUUAUAAGAAAACGGACUUACGAGGUGAAGCCCACCAAGAUUAGCUGUCCUUCUGUCGAUUAUUCGAAAGAAUUCCUCUUUUAAAGCGCGCCAUCCACCACCAUAGGAAAUAUAUCGGCCUUUUUAACCAGUUGGUGAGUUCAUUGGUGUUAUCCUAAACCACCUGAAGGUUUGGAAUGAUUGAAAAUAACUACACUCAAAACAACAGAGAACAGGGAUGCGGCGAGCGCAAGAAGUCACCUUAACCUUCAGGAAUCUAACGAAGUCGACAGAAUUACUGCACAAGUCAGCGUUAAGCGUAGCGUUUUGUAGUAAUAUUGCCUAUUAUCACUACCCCUUUGCACAGAACUGAACUUCCAAAGAACAGUCGCUCGUCUAGCCAGGCCAGCAUAUGGGGGAACACGGAUGGGUCAACGGUGCCCCCACCACCGCACCCUCUAAAAUCAGGUCCGAACGCAAGCCCCCUUCUCGAGCGAACCGCCUCUAGUCCCGUGGUGACACUGGCGAAGCGUCCUCGAAGCGAAUUCAUUCAUGUAAGUUGUUGUGGCACCUACUGUCCUCAUUUCCAAAUCAUGUCUUAUAAUAGCUAUCUCAUAAGAAUUUCGGAAAUAUUUCUGCAUAUGUGGUGAAGGAUCGGUUAAAACUUACGGCAAAAUGCAUGGUGGCGAAAAACUGCAACUCGGACCGUACGUACUUCGAACAACUGAAAAUCAAUUAAAAUAUCAGUUAAAAAGUAGUCCAAACUAGCAUAUGACAGAGAAAUCAUAAAAAACCAAUAAGACCAGGAUUACUCCACUCCCUCUGUUGAUGUUGAGACACGUGUGUCUGGAGAUAAGAGAAAAAUGCUGAAUGUCUUCAUAAUUUAAACGGCAAUCCGAUAGAAGUGAACACUAAUGUAAACAAUGUUAGAGGGUGUUCACCGAUCGCGUUACGGAACUCGCUCAUCCCGUUGCGCCUUGGGGCUUAAAUUAUUGUUGGCUAAUGACAGCAAAUAAUUCGGAAAUUGUCACUCCAAAUAGAGGCGAAGAGACGAGUCCCACGAAGCAGUCGUGAAGAAGGAAGCACGAUCGCUGGGGCAAGAGCUUUAUUCGCCUGACGUUUCGGAUUCGUGCUCGAGCCCAUCAUCAGAGACAAUAGUAGAGAUGGGACUCUGACGGUACUUGCGACGUCUCGCGUGGCAAUCUUGGAGGCGCACUCGGAUCAUUCUUCUGCCAUACAGAAAUACUGCUUGUCUCGUCAAAUCCGUGUUCAUUGGGAGCUUAUAUAAAACGCAUUUCCGUGACACAUUAUUGUAUAAACACCUGUGCAGAAACCGCAUCUGCGCAUACGUGGAGGCCUCUCGAUGGAUGAAGGUUUUCAAUCGUCGGGCCAAUGGGAGCGCAUCGCGCCAAAUACAUUGAUAGUAGAAGCGAAGAGACAAGUCCCAGGAAGCAGUCAUGAAGAGGGAGACACAAUCGCUGGGAGACGAGCUUUAUUCGCCGGAGGUUUCGGAUUCCUGCUCGAACCCAUCAUUGGAGAAAGAAGCAGAUACGGGUACCUGCUAUUGUCUCUGAUGAUGGGUUCGAGGAGGAUUCCAAAACAUCAGGUGAAUAAAAAUCUUAUUCUAGCGAUUGUGUCUCCUUCUUCACGUUCACUCCUGAGUAACUGUCGCUGUCUGUGCUGCCCUAAUUCGUUUUGAGCUUCGGCAAUUCCGCUAAAGUCGAGAACUGGCCUUGGCGCCUCGAGCAUCUUCUCGUCCGCUACCCACCUCUGUCCUCUACAACAGAAUCUUACCCCUUUCCAGCCCAGGCACGGGUCAUGCUGUUUUAAAUACACUUGUGGGCGUCAUUUUCGAUCCGUUUCAAUGCAUGGAUGACUGCUGAACGAGAUCCAGAUACACGAAGGUUCAAUGACCUAAUAUUUGCGCCGUGGUGCUGUCGGGAAUUCCGACAGGCCUAGGGCCGACCACCGGCCACGAUACAUAAUUUUGUUUUCUAUGCCUACAUGUGAUGGAUAAUGAAGCAAGAGUGUGUGCUGGAAAAAAGCCAUUGCUCUGAGCAGGGAAUACUGUCGCUCCAAAACGAAGUGGCUACCGAUUCAUCUCGAUCUCUCUAGCAAUGUACUUUUCGGAAUGACGUCUAAAACGGUCCUAUUCAUGCGUCCACCCUAAUCAUCUACGCUGCUGAUCGAAUUCUUGAAAAACCUGUUUGUGGAUUUGACGACGGGAAAUUUAAGUUAAGAUGCAGGUUGACCGAUCGUAGCUGCGCCGAUGAGGAAACCUUGCUGGCGACAAGUUUUGCUGACGUACAGAUUGUAGCAUGUAGAUGAGUGCGUUCGUCAACUCACUCAGAUUAUCCAUCAAUACCGCGAAAACCAAUGUAUCUUCGAACAGUUAGAAAUCCGGCGAGAUGCAGGAUUACAAGCCGCUAGUCUAAAAAUAUUAACAAAUCCAAGUGCUUCAGGUGGGUUUUCUGCCAAACAGACAGCGAGGUGGAAGUAUCGUUGCAAAUAUCAAUCCUCUCUCUGGAACAGCUAAGAUACAUUCAUCUCCACAACUACUACUUAUACAGGGCAUCUGCAGCAUUAGUUCGCCUGUAUAUUUGUGAACGUCAGGCCGCGUGCCUGAAGAAGAAGCAAAAUCGGGAGCUGUUUGAUUACCAUUGUUCAAAAACGAACCGUGGGCAAAUUGGAUCAAUUUCGUCCAGGAUGAGAUUGUAAUCACUUGCUACUAAAAUGUCACGAAAAGGACUCAGAUCAUCCGAGAAAGACUACUGAGGUGGUUUGGCCACUUCCUCCGUCGCCGGUCUUUAGUUGCAAAGUUGCCGACGAAAUACUCCACCGCUGUCGGCCUGAGCCGUCAAAGAGGUGAUAAGCUGUAAUACUUAACUUGACUCAGUCUCUCGAGACAUAGGGGUGGCUCUUAAGUCUUCGAUAUUCGGUCUUCGCUGCUGGAGAAAGGAAUUUGUCCUACUCUCCAGAACCUUUGCUGAUUAUGCGUACACGUGUUGAGGUAAAAUCCGCAGCAGAACCGACAUCGUCCAGAUAAAUUAUGAGACUAGCGGCCCCAAACGCAAGUAAUUCGCCAGAGAAAAUUGAGUUGAUGUGAACGUUAGUCAGCUGCUCCGAGUGGAAAUCCUUAAACCAACCGUCUAGAACCGAGCAGGAGAUAUGCAUUUGUCGGUUUAAGGUGAGAAGCAGGUCAGAUAUUGUUCUUAACUUCGUGGGGCUUAUUGGAUGAAACAAGCACAGCACAUUCUCUUAGAAACCUGAAGUUUGCGACCAGGGAAGCUCCAGAGCCCUCUGAAUGGCCGAUCAAAGUCACGUUUCCACGGCUGUAGCACAGGCUCCGCGGUUGAAUCCCAAUAUUUUUCAUCUCUCCCUAUUAUGUUUUUCCAGUUUGUCAAAUCGGCAAAUCCCCCAGAUCCACUUAUAGGUGAUAAUCCUGCUUAUUAGUGCUUUAUCACUUUCCUUAAGACAGAAUACCUGAAAGUUCCUAGUGUCAGGUUUAUUAUUAGCAAAAAUGAAGAUAACAGCGCGUCAUUUUUCUGACAGUUGUCCCUGACUGCUUUUGAUUAUUUUCGUUUUGCGGGUUUUUUCAUUGGGUUAAACUGUUCCAGGCACCACUUGCCUGCACUUCAAUAAUUUCCGAAGUGUUUAUUCCGGGCUGCAGUAUUCUCACAUGGUUGGUUGUAAAACCACAGCGCUGCUUUAUCUGCGUCUAGCAACUACCAAGUCAAAACAACAAAGCGUAAUUCACAAUGGUCUGCAGUCGGUUAGACCAAAGGAAAUUUUACUCCUUUUGCGAAUUGACAAUUUUUCUAAUGUCUCUUCUCGCGACCCACUCCCAGCGAGGUAUUCGAAAAUAAUUGGUAUGGACCAGUUUAGAGGUGGAGGAACAGAGCAGCACGGCAAACAAAGAAAUUAUGGUCCCUGAUUCUCCAGCAUUACUCAGCGCCACUCCACGAGUUUGCAGUUUCGUAAAGUAUGGCUGCAUAAAAAGCACUUAACGUGCAGUCGCAAACGAGCAUUGAAUUUGUUUUGAGUUAAAAUAUGUUCACUCGAUGUUGCUGGUUCUUUUCUUAAACCGUCUCAUGUUAACUAUUUUUUGAUAGCAACAGUAAAAUAGAAAACCAGUUUUGUACCAGAAGUGUCAUUUCAUUUUUGUACUCUGGUGUAGUAAAUUCAGCAAUCGUUUACUCCUUGUCCCCAGAAUUCCGCAUUUACUACGGUCCUGGCAUAUGACCAGGGAAUGUUGGCUCAUCGUUGCACUUGCCAGGUGGACGCGAAUCAUCCAGAAAAUCCUUCCCGUCUCAUCGCAAUCUGGAAAAGACUUCAGGUACCUCCCUCUUCCUUCUGCUUAAUAAUUACGAAAGCCUUUUUGACGUAAUACGUUGACAAAUCCCACCCGCAUUCCUAGAUCUUCCCUCUUGAUAGUCGGACAAAGAAAGUAGUAACAGCCCCUGAGUAAAUUUCGCUGUAAUGGUUUACGGCCUGCACCGCCUCGAGUUCAUCAUUCUGGCAUGAUCCGCCGAUUUUUACCUUAGGGAUCGACAAAAUUUUCUCCUUAUCUGUACUGUUAACUUUGGAGAAGACAGUAAGUAUUUUAGUCGCUCAUGCCCGAGUAUAAGGUUUGUUUUAGGUUUUAUAACUAAUUCCACAUCACGAUGCAAAUAUUCUACCAGUUAAGAACAAAGAGUAAGCUGCUAGUUUGAUGAAGAACUUAGCAGGAAGGCAAAUACUUUUAGAUUGGAAAAUACACUUACCUCUUAAUCUACGCAAGAGAGGUGUGGAUUAUACACCCAUUUGUUGGGCUUGAGCUCUGUGGAUUUCGUAUUUCCAUAGUUCAGACAAAGAAAAACGUUUCUCUGUUUUAAGAAUAGCGGUGUACCAGAUGUAUACUACCCUUCCUGUGUUAAGUGCUUAACAGAAUUUUACAAUUCUUCUUUAAGCAAAUCCAGCUAAUCGCCUAAAUUGGGCCAAUUCUGCUCUUUGGGUUCUUUUCAGUCCUUGUGUAUUGAGUGGGAAACUAUGAUUACAACUUCAGGAUGCCUAUUUGGGUAACAGUUUUCAAGAUAAAAUACUCUGUUUAGGGAGGCGCUUUUGGCAAAAAACGCCCAUUUAACCGUCGUUGACUAAUUUACCUUAUCUAAAAUGGUUUCGAUCAAGAAUCAGGGCGCUUUAGAGUGACCAGAACUGCGAGCAUUUUGCUUACCAUAAGCACGAAAUGUAUGUAUACAACUUUUCAGAUUCAGAUUAUUUUUUCUUAAUUUAUUGGUGACUUCUGAGGAUAUUAAUCCUGUCCUUUGUUUUCAUAGUUAAACCACUGAGCAUUCGAUAUUUUCAUUUUACGGGAUAGACGUGACUCUGGUUGCUGGCAUUAGGGAAUAUCGAAGUCACACUUACUAACAAAAUAUGAGAAAACCAGAUCCUCCUAAGACUGCAGUCAAAAGAAAAAUGGCCACAGCAUCGCCUGAUCAUCUGCUGCCACCUUUUACAUAAAUUCUCCUCGUCGUAAGUAUAUUACCCUCCCUUCCAUAAAAUAACAGACGUCUAUAAAUUUACUACCUAAUCUGACCUAAGUCCAACAAAUAAUGUUAAUUUACAAGAUUACACAUUUGAAAUUAUAUCGUCUCUUUGAUUAUCUUUGAAUAUCUGGGUAUCGUCACAAAGUGCACGCAGUUUUAAUGAGUAGUUUCUUGGAUUCGACCUCAUAAUAGCCGACAAAAUGACUUACUUUUAACUCUCGAUGUCUGGCCCAGGUCAUCCUAUCCAACCUAGGACUCGUUCCUGCAAACAUCAUAACUACGAAAUAAGUUAAUAAAUUCCAUAUGGUGGAUAUAGAAGACUUUCUAGUUGUUCACAGUCUUGACUGUUCUCACCUCGCUAUAUUUUUAUGGAAUUCUUAAAAGUUUUCUUUUAAGAAGAAGACCUCUGGAGAGAAUCUCUUCGUAUAUGUGGGUCUCUUUGUUUGGAAAAGGCAUCCCUUAGACUGCCUAUACUUACAGUCGAAGAAGCGGGUGUUUCAGGGUGCUUUAUACUGCCUAUUAGUUUACAUUUGAUCUAAACCUGCAAAGGUAAACACUGAAACCCCUUAAGGGAAUUCUGUUUAUUAAAAUCGGAAAGGAAUCGGGCCUGUGAUUUCAGGGUAGACAGGUUUUAUAACGUUUUUAUAAUUCACAAAAACUGCAUCAGAAUUCCUGUGGUUUAAGCAGGGCGUGCUCAUUAAGGCAAAUAAGCAGAACCGUUUCUUCCGGAAUCCGUCAUUGUUCCUGCUAGAUUACUGAUUACUGGACACUAAAUAGGUGAGUUCAGAAUGACGUCAUUAUCAUUCGUCAUUUACUUCGAAUAAACCGAGGUCCUAAUUACAUUCAGGACAAGUGGAUUAGUGAGCUUAUGGCGUAUCUUAGCAAGUCUGUUCCGACAUUCGUUGGUCUCAUUAAUGAGUCAAGUACUGGCACUUUGCUGUGCGACCCAGUCGAGGUAGGGUGGUAGGGUUGGUAGGGGAGGUAGGGUUCCCAAAUCAGAAGGCAGGGAAGACAGAGGGACAAGCCUUUCAGAAGACGAAGAUGCGAUCACUGGAACAAGAAAGUUAUUGGCCUGACGUUUCGGAUUCUCACUCGAUUCCAUCAUCAGAGACAUUGUCAGGUAAAGGUGAUGGUGGCACAAGACGCGCAGUAUUUAUAGCACGUGGCUGCAGUGGGACCGUAUGCGCGCUGUAAUUAACAGAUAUCGCAAUCACCGCUGCGAUCGUAAUUGAUGCGAGGGUAGCUUGUCAGUCCGAGUCCGAACCAUUAAUUGUCACGAUUUCGUCAUCUGUGUUGGAUGCUGGUGUGACGACUGUUCGACAAAUUUGCUCACUGUCACUGGGAUAAUUGCUCUCCCGCACAAUACCCACGUGACCGAUCCUUCUGACCAGGGAAAAUCUCAGCAUGGAAUAUGGUACCGGGAGGUUAUUGCGUUUGUUGAUGGAUUGUGGGCCUGAGAACCAUGAUUCGAGCAGCUCGCGGCUCACGCGGUUGUCAUCCCUUGCGAGGAUUUCGGCCUCUUGUAACUUGAAGAUAUGGCCGGGUCCCGAGGAAUGAGCCGCCGCCGGGGAGCUAGUGUCUCCCCGCCUCUUUGCUGCUGUGUGCUCGGCAAUUCACGUACGGAGUAAUCUCCCAGUUCCUCCGACGUAGUUGCUUUGUCCGCAACUGCACCAGAUCCGGUAAACGACUUCGGAUGUUUCCUACCGUGGCAGUGGGUCUUUCAGCCUCAUGACUUGGCGCCUAAUGAUUGCUUCCGGCCUGUGUGCAGCCCCAACUCCAAGUGGAAUGAGAAGACGACUGACGGCUUCCGAGACGUUCUUCACGUACGGAAGAGCCCGCCAAAAUUUGGGGCCGGUUGGAGUUGGUCUCUGGUAUUCUUUUCGUAUGCACUGGUUGAAAAAGUUGCGCGAGUAACCAUUGACUCUCAGUACCCGUCGAAGAUAUUGUAAUUCAGCAAAUUUGUCUUCCAUUUCACUGCAGUGCGUUUCAACGCGCCGGUAUAGAGCGUUUGUGACUGAUUGGGUGGAUGCUGUUGAAGUUUAGUAUUUGCGUCGUAUAUGUCGCUUUCCUGAACACUUUGGUUUUUAGGCCACCACAAUCUUUGCAGCAGACGAAGACAUCUAGGAAGGACAUCUGAUUGUUUUCUUCCUCCUCCAUUGUAAAUUGAAUGUCCGGGAAGACGGCAUUGAGAUCUUCGUUGAAUGUUAGCACCUGAUCCCGUUCGAUGAGGACGAAGGCGUCAUCCACAUACUGAGCCCAGAAUUUCAGUCGGUAGUGUCGGAAAACCAGCGACCCCAGCCGUUGAAGGACCGCCUCUGCUAUGAGUCCCGAAAUCGGCGAACCCAUUGGCGUUCCCUUCACUUGCUCGUAGAUUGUUCCGUCGAACGUAAAAUACGUCUUGAGACAGAAUUUUAGGAGCUGGAUGAUUUGGGCGCGUCCGAGGCGGUUCUCCGUUUCGUCCUAUUUCUCUCGUAGGGGUAGUUCGAUGGUCUCGACUGGGUCCUGCGGGAUAGAAGUGAAAAGGGACGUGACAUCAAAAGAAACCAUGAAAUCGCUUGGCAGGAGACUAACUCCUUUUAGUUUCUCUAAGAAUUGCGUUGACGAGCUGACUGUCGUGGUCGAAUCAGAGGUCAGAAACUUGAGACGUUGGAACAGCCACUUUGCCAGUUCGUAGGUUGGAGUGUCCUUUAGUGAUACGACAUGCCGGAGAGGAGCGCCCUCUUUAUGUACCUUUGCGAGACCGUAGAAUCGGGCUAGGGCCGUUUCUUGUGCUCUCGCCAUGCGUCGGCCGAUUGGCGAUAUUGCACCUGAGUUCUCCAUUGCCAACAGCGUCGCGUUUAUCUCGCGUGUCAGCGUUUUUAUGGGGUUGGAUUCGCAUAGGACAUAUGACUUACGAUCAUCCAACAAGCUUUUGGCUUUUGAUUGUACUUUGUCCUGUCCAAUACGACCGUUGAACGCCCCUUGUCCGCAGUCACGAUAACGAGGUCGUUGUCGGCCCUGAGUUCCUUAAGUGCAUCGCGCUCGACCUUGGAAAGCACGUCGCGCGGCCUAUGAGCCAUUAGGAGGGAAGACACUUGGUGCCGAAUGAGGUUCUUCGUUUCGUCUGUCGCUCCCGUCUGGCUGAGGAUUGAUUCCACUACUGCGAUCAUGUUGGCAGGUUUGGCAUCGGUUGUGUUGAAUAAGGCCUCAUGCCGUAAAGCCUGCAUUUUUUCCUACGUCAGUUCCUUUGACGACAAGUUGUGCACCAGUUUGUCGUUCUUGGAUGACAUUGGAACAGGCAUCUUACGAAAUUUGCUUUUUAAGGCUGCUGCGCGCGUUGCUUUAUGCUCGCGGGUUCGUUGAACCAGCCCCUGCUGAAGCAGUUUUGUGCCGGCCUCGGCCAUGAACUCGCAGGACUUUGCUUUCUCUUGGUCAAUACUUUGACGGUAUUUGCAAAUCCGUGAGUGACAGUCUUGAAGGAGCACUCGGAUCAUUCGUCGGCCGUGAAGAAGUACUGCUCGUCUCGCCAGCUCUGUGUUAACCGGAGGUUUGUAUGAAACACACUUCGGCGCACAUCGCUUUCGAGACACUUGUGCAGAAAUCGAAUCUGCGGAUAUGUAGAUGACUCUCGAAAGGCAAAGGUUACCCACCGUCGAGCCCAUCGGAGCGCUUCGCGCCCAAAAAUAUUGCUGACAGGAGCGAACAGGUGAGUUCCAGGUAGCAGUUCAGAAGACGAAGAUGCGAUCACUGGAACAAGAAAUUUAUUGACCUGGCAUUUCGUUUUCUCACUCGAAUCCAUCAUCAGAGACAGUCACAGAUAAAGGUGAUGGUGACACAAGAAGUGCAGUAUUUAUAGCACGUGCCCGCCUUGGCUGUUAAUUACAGUACUCAUAUGGUCCCAAGGCAGCCACGUGCCAUGAGUACUGCACUCCUUAUGCCACCAUUAUCCUUAUCUGCGAUUGUCUCUGAUGAUGGAUUCGAGUGGGAAUCCGAAACGCCAGGCCGAUAAAUUUUCUGUUCCAGUGCUCACGUCUUCGUCUUCUCAACUGUUACCUGGAACUCGCCUGUUCGCCUCUACCUACAACUUUAUCUACGCUGCUACAAGGUAACAGUCGCCACUUCAUCUUCUCAUGAGUACACGGAGAAUUUUUCCUAAUGGUAGUAACAAACAUGAUUUUGCUUUAUGAAAAGCACAGAGCACGUGCUGGUAGGAAACGAUAUAAGUGUCCUUUUUAAGCAUUAAUAAAGCAUGUGGUGCAAAUACGCCAUGUUUCCUCUCUAAAAGUCUUUAUUACUGUCAUCUUUACUAAAUUUAACUGAUUUUGCGCCAUAGUUCAGGGGUAGGCGGAAUUAUUUUUUACAAAGUAACUUAUAUGCAUUAAAUCAAGCUUGUGUAGCAAAUGGGACUUUUUUCCGUUUGUCACAUUUAAUAACACCGCGCUUCCUAUCCUAGAAGGUCUCUACUGCCACUUUCCCCAUAUUGCCGAUGGGCUUGCUCCACAGUUCAGGGUAGGAGGACUCCAAACCAUGUGGUCUCUGAAAGCUCGCAGCAAGUAUGAAAGGCAGGUUAGAUCCCAAGCAGGACGGGAAUGAACAGGUUAUCAAAACUCGAAAAUUCUUGUUCAGGACCAUGAAGUCAAUAAGACUGAUGACCAUAAAAGCUCCAUAAGUGAUUACUUUUGUGCGUUUCCUUGAGUAAAUAGGACAGAAUUCAUACAGACCUCUAGAAUAAAUAGACAAUGACAAAUUAUUCAUGCUGCUAUUUUUAUCGUUAGAUUGAUUGUCGUAGGUGACUGAAAGUAUACCCAGUUGUGAGUCAGCAGUCCGUUGUGCAUAAAAUAACUGGAACUAUUUUACCCACCAAUGAAGAUUUCACUUUGCACUAAGCAAUCUUUCCCAAUUUACAAAAUGGCUUAAAUGCCCGCAAUGGUCAUGAGCUUAGACACCUACUUUAUAGAGACAAUCGACAAUGUCAAUUCGGAGAAUCAAACGCUCCCGGAGAAAAAGUAAUGAAAGCCUUUGCACACAUUGAUUAUUUGCAAAAACAAAUAGCCCGUUGUCUUAGUUCUGACUGAAGUUCCGUCUACGGGAAUGAGUGUUUAACCAUCCUUCGCAAUGAUUUUCGUUCAUUGUGAUAGGCUGGCCUUUUUGUAAGCUCGUAAGUUUGAAGUGACUUUAGACAGUUUCCCCACUUGUCUGUCCGUUGGAACUCUCCAACCACCUGUCUUGUUUGGCAUUUUUCUGCUUUCUCCUCUUGUGGCCCAACGGUUUCUCCCGUUUGGAACAAGUUUCGCGGGAAAAUAACUUUUGAUGCAAAUAAGUGGUUUUUGAGUUCUAACGGGACCAGUCAAUCCUCUUUGUGACUUCGACCCUCCUACGAAUGAGGCGAAAACGAAUUUCAUAAGUUGGUAUCAUUUCGUGAAAGCUGGCUUUAAAACUGCAGACAGAAGCAUGAAUGACUGACAAAAGCUACAUUGAUUCGGGCACCGGAAAACAAUUGCUUCAUAUUUUUUACUUGCGAGUAGGGAAGCUCGCCUGAAAAAAAUCAGUCAUAAAGAGUUCUGACCAAACAUACUCGUGGGGAGGAAAAGAAAUAUCCUUGGCACCUUAUGCUUUCAGCGGGAACUCCUGAAACAGUGCUGGGUCAUUGGGCGGGGGUUUCGGAGUUUCAGCCCGAUGAUUAGUGAACAAUUUGGAUCAGUUACUGCCCACUUCAACGUAAAAAUCAUCUGGCGUUCACAAACAAAAUGCGUUUCGUCUUGCUCAAAAUACUAGCUCACUGGAGCCUUAUAUAUGAGUAUUGCCAUUAUUCUGAGUCUGUAUACACAAUCGCGGGGCUGCAUCUGCGGUUUUUGGUAUACUUUUAGGUUGUGAAUGGUACGGUAAAUUAUUGCGCACUUCAGGAAUCCGUUUGACAUUGUUUGCCGAAGUUAGACGAAAGUCGAUAUAGGAGGUUUUUUAUGCUUUUCCUCGACUUCCUUUCACGCACACCGAUUUGCGCACCCUCAACCUCGCAGUACUGAUGGCUGUCUGCACCGCUUACGUAAAACUACCUCCAAAAUAAUUUGAAAGGCGGUCGUCGUCUCACAGGACAAUGACUAACUCUUCCACACAUGCGCCGUAGAGCAGUUUGAGAGCCGCGAACGAUGGUGUCCAUCGGGUGCCCCACAGAAUGGCGGGCACAGGGACGAUACCCUGUGCUUGAAUUAGUUUGUAUUGAUAGUAAAUGUGCGCUGCAUCUACCGAACUCUCCCCUGCCUCACCCCCCUGGGCCCGGUGUCGAGACAUAGUCACGUAGACCGGAGGCGCGAUCGGACGCAGUGACUGACAGAGCUAAGUAGCCCUUCUAGGCCUGCAACACACGUCUGGCCCACACACGAUCGACCGGGGUUUCCCGAACCAUCGAGAAAGGGUGUCCAGGAUCUCGACUGAGUGAGAGCUUUAUGGAGGCCACAUUUACCAGGAGUUAUUGCGAUCUGGUUCUCCAUCGUGAGCUGAGGCCUGAGGUAUUCUGCCAGUUGUCCGCCUUACAAGUCAAGGCUUUAAGCCCAGGGUGAUAGUUUAAGAACGUGUCAGAUUGUUUAUAGCAGGAAAAAUGCGCUGAAGUGCCGCUGGGACGGAGCCCCCAGCUUCGACAUCACUCUUUCUCUCUCCCAAUUCACUCUUCCGGCCGGUCAGUCAUCUGGUGCGGAGAAUGAACGCAAGUGGCUGACGGUGCUAAACAGCCCAUCCACGUGUACCGAGCCAAGUCCCGGUUUUUAGCACAGGGUGAUAAUUCAAGAGCGUGUCAGAUUGUUUAUAGCAGGGAAAAGGCGCUGAAGUGCCUCUGGGACGGAACCCUCAUGCAGAAGUUCACUUCUCGGGUCGGUCAGUCAUCUGGUGCGGGCAAUGGACGAAAGUGGAUGGCAGUGCUAAACAGCCCAUCUACGAGUGCCGAACCUGGCCUUCCGCGCAACAGGCCAGGUCUUAGCACAGAGUGGUUGUACACAGUGACGAAAGUAGAACCUCCGUAGACGGGCCUAUUUGUCGAUAAUGACCAUCCGGUGGAGGGCAGCCAUAGUGAACUCAUGCUGAACACUAUUCACAACCCAAGUUCCCUUUGCAUUUUUAUGAGUGAUGGCAUUCCAUUAGAUUCGACCUCACUCUGCCCCUCUCCCAUGCACCAGUUCACUCCUUGGGCCGGUCAGUAGUCCGACGCUGAGAUUGGGCGCUUCACAAACAAGACCUGGCCCAAAACAUAACAAACCAGGUUUGCACAGUUUAACCGUCGAGUCCGACGAUGGCGGGUGCGGCAGCGAUGACUUGUGUGUGAUUUGGUUAUCGCACUAGUGGACUUUCGAGGCACCUUCCGCACACUCCCCUCCUCUUACACCUGUUAGCAGUGUCAAGACACGAUUAAGAAGACUGGGGGACGGAGAAGACCCGGGUGAUCGGCGUGACGCGGGCCUGCACCCAGGAGUGCUAUCACACACUCAUGUGUACCGUGCCCUGAUCUGGCCCCUAUGUUAGUACAGCCCGUCCACCGCGUAGCCUGUUUUGGGGGGUUGAAGGUACAUAGACGGACUUAUACCCGCCUUCACACAUGUAUCCUCCGCUCAUACGCACAUAUAUACGAGUUUUGCAAUCUUCGCAGAAAGGCAGUAAAAAGAUGAGGUUACAAUAUAUUAGCUAAGGUCUUAUGUGCCCCGGCCUACUUACAUUAAUAUGUAGGGAGAUAACGACUUGAGAUGUACAUUAAAACCUCCCAACAACAGGUGCACUGUUAGACUCGCUAAUAAAAUUGCCCCUUUUUUCAUCUGGAACGGCUGCCAAGGAAGACCUUGGCACUAGGAAAAUAAAAUCCCAUUUUCUCGCUAAUGGUAAGCGUUCACCUCUGUGGAAGUUUGCUUAAAAACUGAAUAAAAAGGAUUUAAUGGAGAGGAAGAAUAAGAAGAUGAUGAAGCGAUCACUGGAAGAAGAAGUUUAUUAGUCUGUGGUGAGGUACCAGACUAAUUUACCUUUGACGCUUUAGUCCCAUUUUCUUUGGCCGCAUUGCUUGUUGGAAUGUGACGAGGAACGACGUACCUGUGCAACCCGCCUUGCUAGCGUUCUCCGCCGUCUUGUUCUUCUGUCAGUUUCUUAACGUUUAAAAUCUCUAUAUUAUUCACUGCUCAGUUUUAAUUGCUGCUUUUAAGGCUAGGGGCUCAUGAGAUAUAACUCGUUAUUUCGUGAGAACAUUACCAUUUGCGACAAACGCAUGCAAUCUUCUGUAUAUCGUACUGACAGGCUCCAAGUUCUCCGAUGCUGGGCAACGUCAGCAGCGGCAACCUUUGCAGUCUUCGCACAGGAACUUGCUUAAACUCUAGAGCCAGAUGCGGGAAUAGAAACCCCUCCACUCGGGGCCCUUGUGCCAAUUUACAGGGCAGUUAGGAGAGGUGUUAUGUUUAGGGUUAUGAUUAAGCAGGAAUCAGGAUCAAAGCAGGGUCAAGGGUUAAGGGGCAGCAUAAGAGCUAAGGUUAGGGCUAAGGGUAGAGUCUCAGUUAGGAUUGGGAUUAACAAACGGGACUAUUUGCCUUUCUUGUGAUUGUGUAGUAGGUCACUCUGUAUUUCCGGAAAGGGGUACCAUUCCCGUGUCUUAACGACUCCAGAUGCACUGUCAAUCCGGAGUCCGCCAGAGAACAGUUUUAAGUCUACACAUUUUUGCAUACUUCAUAUUGACCCAAUUGGGGAAAACUCGGCGCCUCGGUGAGAUUCGAACCCACGCAGUAAGGAGAAGGCUUUAGUACAGCCAACGCGCUAACCACUUAAGCUAUGAGGCCCCGCCGGACGACGCGAAUUUAAUCACAUUUGGGUCAAGCUACUCGCCCAGUCUACUGCAACGUCUGAAAUUCACCAAAUCUGAUACAGUACGUUGAAUGCCCAAGCAGGAUUUCCUAAGUAAUGCACAUAGAAUCCACCAGAUGACUACCAGACUCAUGUAAUUCAUAGAUAUUUUGGCAGAUUUUGAAUAAUUCAUAUUGACCCAAUUUUUGGGCGGGUAACUCGACCCAAAUGUGAUUAAACUCGCGUCGUCUAGCAGGGCCUCGUAGCUCAAGUGUUUAUAGUGUUGGCUGUACUAAAGCCUUCCCCUUAUUGUGUGGGUGCGAAUCUCUCCGAAGCGCCGAGUUUUUCACAGUUGGGUCAAUAGGAAUUAUCCAGGAUCUAUGAAUUUUUGUAUGCACUUAGUUAAACGCAUUUUAUACCAGUUUGUGUGUACGAAAUAUCAAUAAUUCAUUCGAACUCAUCGUCCGAUGAUUGAGAGUCUCGGUCAGACAAAUGGUACGUGGGAGGGGAAAGACAGAGUUAGGUAGACGCAGGGAAAUCCGUUUUCAUGCAACUCAGCGCAUUCCUCACUACAUAAAUUUGGCAUGCUCAAGUCUAUCACGACACGCUAAUGGUCAUGGUAGAAAUUACUGACAACCAAUGGGACAAUUCGGCCUUUAUGGAAAUAUCUUGAAGUGGCUGGAGGGCGCAAAGCCAAGCUUCAAUUGCUCCUUCUCAACGUGACAUCUACGCCAAUCUCCGAACUCCGAGCCGUCCUCUCAGAAGCCUGGUGCAUUUAGUGGGGACCGGCUCGUGUGUGGCACGCAUUGACGUGCCGUUUAGCUUUCGCACUCCCUCUGUCUGCGCCCACUUUAUGUCCCCAUCACAUUGUUUUACUAUCGCAUCAUGGUGGACGAGGGGAGAGGGAGUGUGAUAGCUGCUGCGCAAGUCUGACUCCCUAUAAAUCCAAAAUCGUCGUUGCUGCGCGCACUCUGUGGGGGACGCGGUGAACGUCUACGCUUUCGACGGUUAAACUGUUGAUGCUAGUAGGCAGGCAGCGACCAGGCGGCUACAGCUUUGUUACUAAAGCCGUCCGGAAGGUGGUUGUGUCGAUUGAAUAUUAACAUGGGACUAUCGUCCAAAGUUCCGAGUGCAGUGUGAAAAUUCCUGUCCCGUUGUGCUCCGGAGCCUUAAUAGGCAGCCGUUUAAUGGCUAACGAGGGCAAACGGAUAUGAGAUGAUAGUUUCCGAAUUCUCAGGCAUUGUUGGCUAGCCCUACCCCAUUGAUUUACAAUGGUCUUGCAAAUUCAAAUAUAUCUUAUGGAAACCAUAAACAAAGAUAUGCUUUCUUUCAGUCAAUUAAUAGAGAGUUGCGUCUUCUAUAUAUUUUAUGCUCAAGGAAGGAGUAUAAUUAGGUUUUUCAAAAGUUUUCUAAUUGCAGAAUAGUUUCUAGUAUGAUCAUUCGUUACAUUAGCGCUUAGUGAUUUCAAUCUACAAGGUGCGUGCGUUCCGCGUAAAGAAAAUCACAUAUUAUUGUACGUCUUCAAAAAGAUAUCACACAGAGUCUAUAAAAUUUUUCAAUGGAUGCGGACUAUGUUGUAGAUUUCAUGAGGAGCUGUGGUACGGCCAGGUACGAUGCUAUGCGAAUGGAAAUUGUGCGGUCUUGAAAACCCCCAUAAUUAGAAACUUUUGUAAAACCUAAUUAUGCCCCUUUUUGAGUAUGAAAUAUAAAGAAGAUGCAAUUCUCUAUUAAUUGACUGAAAGAAAGCAUAUCUUUGUUUAUGGUUUCUAUAAGAUAAUUUGAAUUUGCAAGACCAUCGUAAAUCAAGGGGAGAAACGCAUGCUACAUAAGUCGUCAUUUUUUAUCGAGUACGGUUUCUACAGGAGAUUGAAAAUCAGUAUAUUCAAAAGCUGACAUCCUGCCGAGUCCGAAAUGUGAUAAGAUUAUGCCGCAAGAUAAUCAGUAUUCCAACCGCGACCACGUAAUUCUUCCUAAUCGAAAAUGCAUUUCAGAUUUUCGGCCAACAUUUUAUGAAAUCGGCCAAUCACUGUAUUUACUUGCCACCGACGCCCUAUGUUUACGUACAUCUUUCCUUCCCUGCCUCCACCCCGCACGCAGCUCACAGGCCUCACUACAAAGUGUCAACAUCAGCCAGGCCGAAGGGCGGCUCUCACAGAACUCCAGCUGGCCCAUCGCGAUGUCUACACUGUUCUGUUUGGUAGCAAUCCAGCCAGCCGGUCGCGCAUCGACCCCGCUCUGCUAGCCACUGUGCGGCUCUGCCUCCUGCCCUGUGGCGGCAUUGGAGUUGACUCGGACACUGCCUGGCACACCGCCGGACACACCGCCCACGCAGCCCGAUUAGCAGCUGGCUGCGUGGUGGAUCUCGCCUGUCGGGUUGUCCUGCGACAGUGUCCCAACGGUUUUGCCCUCGUCCGGCCACCGGGGCAUCAUGCGGAGCCUGGACAAGCUAUGGGCUUUUGUUACUUCAACUCGGUGGCCGUGGCGGCGCGACGAGUUCAGCUUCUGAGGGCGGUGCUGCCGAGUCAGCAGGAGACGCCUUCAAACCAAUACACCCUGUGCACCUACAACUCCCUCGUCUUCAAUGGACUGGAGCCCUUAGUCUCGGGAAAGCCGGAAGAGCGCUCACUGGCCCAAAGAAUCCUCAUUGUGGACUGGGAUGUUCAUCAUGGCAACGGGACACAGACCAUCUUCUACUGCGACCCUACGGUCCUCUACAUUUCCUUGCACCGUCACGACGACGGAGCCUUUUUUCCCGGCACUGGAUCCCUGGAGGAAACAGGCAGUGGCCCCGGUGUGGGCUUUACAAUCAACAUCGCAUGGCCCAAUGGCAUUUGCAUGGGCGAUGCAGAAUACCUGGCCGCAUUUCGUCAUGUUAUAUUACCGGUUGCGCGGGAAUUCAAGCCCGAACUGAUUCUCGUCUCUGCGGGUUUCGAUGCUGCGCCAGGACACUCUAUCAAUUUGGGAGGGUAUAAUGUCAGCCCUGCAGCCUUCGGGUGGAUGACACGGUUGCUGACGGACGAAAAGCUUGCUGGUGGCAGGGUGGUGCUUGGUCUAGAAGGCGGCUAUGACUUGAAUAGUCUCUGUGACUGCACAGAAGCCUGCGUGAGGGCGCUCCUACGUUCGGCGUCUGAACGCAAUAAAGCCCUCGAUGAGGCCCCACUUAUGUUUUGCCUCUCUGACAGGGAGCGAGCCCGUCUACCGCAUCCGGCAGCACUGGAGACACUGAAACAAGUAGCCAAAAUCCAUGCACCGUAUUGGACCUGUCUGGCUGCACUGUCUGUGGAGACGUUGAUUCCGACCCCAGCGCAGACGUGGCUACCAGUCGGAGAGGAAGAAAGAGGGGAGGCGAUCCCAGUGCUCAAAUCAGAAUCAGCGACAGAGUCCGAGAAAUUAAUAUCAUACAAGGCCUCUACUGGCGCGAAUAGCGCUACUGCAAAAGCCCUGGAUGCCUCUCUGUACCGACGAGCUGCCAGCCGAUUGGACAUUCGAAAUAAGCCCAGCUCCUGGCCGGAGACAGAAACUGCGUCGCCACCACCACAUGCUAAGCGGUUCGUCAAACAGGCUCGACUGGAAGAGGAUGAGGAAGUAGAGAUUGACAAUCCCACUCACGUACCGCAAUCUUCUCCCCUGAACAUGACUCAGAGGGCGCUGCUUCAUCAAACACGUCAUCAAGCUGCCAGUUUUGAGGGGACCUUUAGAGAUUAUGGCCUCGCAGGCGAGGCCACGGAUCAGAUCACUGCGGCGGCCCUCGCAGGCCUCGCUGAUCUUCGUGUAACCAGUCGACCUGACACCUCGUAA